GCCACAGAACCUGGUACAGCUAAAAGAACGUCGCCUAGAUUAGCCUCAGAUGACAAUAUAGAAUCCAAACAGGAUAAAGAUGCCACAGAACCUGGUACAGCUAAAAGAACGUCGCCUAGAUUAGCCUCAGAUGACAAUAUAGAAUCCAAACAGGAUAAAGACGCCACAGAGCCUGCUACAGCUAAAAGAACGUCGCCUAGAUUAGCCUCAGAUGACAAUAUAGAAUCCAAACAGGAUAAAGACGCCACAGAACCUGCUACAGCUAAAAGAACAUCAUCUAGAUUAGCUUCAGAUGAAAACACUGAAUCUAAAGUCAUUAGAUCAGAGUCAAAUGACAACAUUGAAUUCAGACAGUUUAAAGAAGCAGCAGAGAGCUAUGUCCCAAGAAUACAGUUAUCCAGGUUAGCUCUGGAUAAAACGGCAGAAUCCAAACCUGGUAAAGGUACAGUCGGGCAGGUUUCAGCGACCAGAAUAGAUCCAGAUCUGCAAGCUACAGAGGAAGUUGCAGCUACAAGAAGCAGAAGGUCAGCUAGCGCUGGUACAGUUGUAGAACGAUCAACUGAAUUGGAAAGUUCUGCACAUAUUAAAAAAGAGGUGAGAGCAAGAAUAGCUUCCACAGUCGACUUUGCCUCUGAUAGAAAACCGGCUGCAGAACCAAAUGCAAGUAAACAUCCAGCUGAGAAGGAAAGUAAGAGCAGUAGUGAUCAGGAAGCUGCAGCAGCAUCGACAGCUUCCAGCUCUUCAAACACAGAGGGAUCUUCCUCUGGAAGCCGAGUUUCCACCCGGAGCAAAGGAGCAGAUAUAAAGCUCGAUGAUGUUCCCCAUGUGGCAACUUCUGGAAAGAGGGGAAUAGAUAUGGAAAAGGAGGAGAUGCAAAAUGUCAAGAGGAAGAAGGAAGAGAGAGAUAACAGGAGGGAAGCAAGAGAAAACCGGAAUUCGAGGAGCAGUGAAGGGAUGAUGGAUCAGACAUCAGAGAGUAGAGGUUUGAAAAGAAAGAAAGAGGAGACAGAAGCUGGAAGAGAGGGGAUAAAGAUGGGAGGAACUGAGGAGGAAACGCAUGGAAGAAAAACAAGGAAAGCAGAUAGAGAGGAAGAAAAACAGGAGGAGGUGAGGACCAGGAGAGCUGCGAGAGAUGAGCAGACAUCAGAGGAGGAAAAAAGGGGCAGAAAGAUGAGGAGAAUUGAGAGCAAGGAGAAGGAUGACAGUAGAGAAGAAAUAAGGAUCAGGAAAUCUGAGAGAGACAACGGGGCAGCGGAGAUGGAAGGAAGACUGGAGAAACAAACUAUGAAGGUCAGAGAAACCAGGAACAAGGAUGCAUAUGGGGAUGAAUCGGAAAGGAGGAAGAGAGAAUGGAAGAAUAAGGAAGAUAAAACUAGAGAAGUUGAGAAGGAGGAGAAAACUGAAGGGAUGAAGAUGAGGAGAGCAGAGAAAGAUAGUACGCCUGAGGACAGAAGAAAAACUGAGAAAGCUAUGAAAGCUGAAGAGAAACACCAAGUCAAAAAAGAAGUGCUGAAGAGCAGGAGAAACGAGGAGGAAAUGGAGACAAUGUCCAAAAAGGGCAAAAAAGAUGACGAGAAAUCAGAGAAGAACAAACCCAGGAAUCUGGAGAAACCUACAGAGAAGAGUGAAGGAAAAGGAGAAGGAAUGAAGACCAGGAGAACGGAGAAAGAGAAAACUGGGGAAGAACUGGAUCAAAUGAGGACUAGAAGAGAUGACAAAAAGGAUCAGAAAAAGAUGGACAACAAGAAAACACACAAUGUAAAUAAAGAAGAGAAAGGUAGACCAAGCUCAGAAACCCAAGAGGUGAGAAGAACUAGAGAAAAGGAAAUAAACCCAAAGACAACUAAAGAACCUGCAGCAGAGAAACAUUUGAGGAACGACGGAGGUCGAGGGACAAAGAGGAGAAGAGAAGCAGAAGACGAGAAGGUAGAGAAGAGAGGAAAACACGACAAGCACAUAGAAGAUGAGAGAGGUGGACAACAGAUGAAGAGGAGAACAGAUGAUGGAGGGGAGGAGUUUGCAGAAGAAAAGGACGACGAGCGGCACCACCAUCUGGUGGCGCGGAGGGAGAGUUUGAUCCGAUCUCUCAGAGGUCUGCUGAAGACGAAGGAACCAACGAAGAGCUCUCAUGCUGUAGGAGAAGGAGGAACAUCUGUUAAAAUGAAGAACAACAGCAGGGAUGGCGAGGAGGAGCAGACGGACAAAGGGACAGGAGGGGAGACGUCCACCAAAAGGGCAACAUCUGAGCGGAAGGAAGAGAAACACAACAAAGAUAAAGGAACUAAAGUGGACGAUCAUGAGGAAGACAGACCGUCUCGACCACGGACGGGGGGGCAGAAGGAAGAGAAGACAAACGAAAGUAGCAGCAAGGACAAGGAGGCCGCUAGAAAGUUUACAGCUGAGAGGACCGAUGACAAGAGAAGUAAGCAAGGGGAGAGCGGAACAAGGACGGUCGGAGAGGAGAGGACAUCACCUAGAGAGUCAGCUGAAGACAGAAGUAAAGAAAAGACCAUGAGCAAAGGAGAAGAUGAGACAAAGCUGCAGAGAGAUCAGAGGAAAAUAAUCGGAAAGAUCGUGAAGGCCAGUCAGGGAACAAAGAUCCAUUUGAAGACUAUGCUGGGAGGACUAACAAAAGCAGCUGCUGAGGAGGAGGAGAAGAAGAAGAGAAAGGAGGAGAAUGUGGUAACGGAGGAGGUGAAAAAGACUUCAGAGAGAGAAAAAAGAAGAAGCACAGUAAAGGAGGGGGAAAAGUCUGACACUAAAAAAGAAAAACCCAAAGAGCAGAAGCAGAAUGAAGUUCAAGAGAAGGUGGCAGGAAGACGGGAGGAGCAACAAAAUCAGGAAGGGAGCAGGGAAGCGGAGGCGGUCAGAGUAACGCGUGAAAAGACGAAACAUGACGGCAAACUUAAGGAGAAAACAGACGACAGAACCUCGUCUCACCGACCGGAGGGGAGAGAAGAGCGGAGGAAGAGUGAUGCUGAAGACAAGGAGGCCAAAAAACAGGAAGGGAGGGGGGAGUCAGAGGGGGUCCGAAUAACACGUGAACAGAGGAAGAAACACGAAAACCAAACUGACAACAGAAUGAGAUUAAGUCCACAAAAGGAGAGAAAAGAGCAGAAGAUGAGUGGAGCAGGAGGCAAAACGACAAAGCAGGAGGAGCAGGACCGGAGGAGGGAACCUGAGGUAGUUAGGCUAACACGAGAACAGAAGAAGAAACAGGACGGCCAAUAUCAGGAGACUAAAGAAGAGACUAAGGAGCAAAAGAAGAACAAAGCUGUAGACAAGGCGACAAGAAAACAAGAGGAGCCAAGAUCUCUGGAAGGGAGGAAGGAAACAGAGGUAGUGAGAAUAACAAGGGAGCAGAAGAAGAAACACGAGGAGAGAAAAGAGGAGCAAGUGACAUUAAGACGUUCAGAAGAGUGCAAAGACCAGAAGAGGGAUGAUGGAGGGGCGAAGAGUGGGACUUCUCGAGCUGAGGCUUUACGGUUGAAAUCUGUUGACAAAGAAGCAGGACAGGAAGAGGACUCGGAAAGAGAGAGUGCAACCGGGACGGAUUCAACUCUGCACAGGAUCAACGGAGACCUGCGGAUAUCUCUGAAAACAGAAAAGCCCGAUAUCAGGAAGUGUCUGUCAGCGCUGGACCAACUCAGUAUGCUGUAUGUGACGUCUCAACACGUCCAGAGGCACAGCGAGCUCAUAGCCACCCUCAGGAAGAUGCGGUACUAUCGGGCGAACCAAGCCAUCAUGGACAAGGCCGCCAUGCUGUACAACCGAUUCAAAAACACCUACCUGGUGGGCGAGGGUGAGCGUGAGGAUGUGGUGAGCGCCGCCUUCCUGCAAUCGCUGCUGCAGGAGAAGGAGAGGGAGGAGGCGCAGAGGGUGAAGCUCUGGAGGGAGAAAUUCCAGAAGGAGAUGGAGGAGCAGAGCCAGUGCUGAGAAGGUUGAAAUAAAAGCUCCAGUGGAGUCUUCCUGAGACCUGAACCAACUGAACUCUGAUUCUGUCGCUGUGGGCGGAUCCCGCUCUGCUCACCUGUGGGACUGCAGUAUUAUUUUAUUUCGGAAACUAAAAAGGCACCGUCUAAUUCCUUACACGCCGGUUACAGGAAAUCGCCUUAAACAUGUGACCUCAUGACACUUUUACCAGAACACUGAACAUUUCAUACAUCUUUGAUCUCACUUAAGGGCAUUAAUGUUGUUUUAUUUUUCCUGUGAUUCUUUUAGAAGUAACAAACUAAAACGUUUUAGUAAUUUGUGCUGCUUUUACGUCCUGUGUAAAGAUCCUGCUCUCAUACUUGAACUCUGGUGCUGGCUUCCUGCAACUCUCAUUCCCUCUUUGGGGAGAAGGGGGCUGAUGGGAAAUGUAGUUUUCCCAAUUUGUAUUACUUUGUAAACAUGUCAAUAAAUCCUAAAGCAUUAGUACAGAAAAAUGGUGUUAUAAAGCUUUGAAAAUGGUGCUGCAGAUGUAAUAGUUUCAAGUUUUCUGUAAACUCUGUACAUGAGGGUUUCACUGUGUUUUUACUUGGUCAGAAAUAUUUUUUUUGUGCGUUUGCUCAAAGUGUUGUUUUUUUUUCUUCAGACUUUUCUCUGACUGUUGCCGCCGUCUUUGUAUUUUUCUAAUCUUUUUCAUAAAUGACUACAUUACACACUUACUCUUGAGCAAAUGCCUUAUUUUAUGUACCAUAUCCUUUUUGUACAGCGUUGGUGUACGGUUCACGAUUAUCCGACUGAUAGACUUUGAUUUAAUCUUAUUUAAUGAAAAUGCUUGUUUCUGAACACAAAUAAAGCAUUUCUAAAACAUUAUAAACAUAUUUACACGCAGCAGAGACAC